AUGGCCCAAAGCAAGUUAAUCUCUGCUUUUCUUUUCCUGGUUUUCAUUCUCUCCCAACAAAUUCAGUCCAUCGAGGGAAGGCAUUUGCGUGAAGGGAAGAAGAGUAAUGAAUCCCAAACCCUCCAAACUCAAACUAAAAUCUAUGAAACAGAAUCUAUCAUUCAUGGCGAUGUGUUGCAUGGUGAUGACAAAUCAAACGAAGAGAUUACUAGCGAGUCUACUCCUACACCACCAACCGUCAGAGAAUCUCAGCUGCCUCCUCCUCCCAAUCGUGGCGUCGAUGACUUCAGACCCACAGCUCCAGGUCACAGCCCUGGUGCUGGGCAUUCCAUUCAAAACUAA